AUGGCGGCUCCAAGGCUUUACAUACUGCUAGCAUCGCUCUCGCACCUGUGCAUGGCAAAUGCGCAUACCAUUGCGCCUCGCCAGAAUGAUCUCCAACCCGUCCUCACCACUCUCCGCAACACCCCAGACCUCAGCACCUUCUACUCCCUCUUCGCCUCCACAGGCGGCGACUCCGGCAUCCCAGCUCCCGCCUUCGAAGAGCGCUUCAACGACAACCGCGACAAGCGCCGCUGGACAAUCCUCGCACCCAUCAACUCCGCAUUCGAGGGUCUUUCCCACGGGUUUAUCGACAUUUUGACAGCGCCACCAGCGUAUGAACUCCUCGCCGCUGUUCUCCGCAGCCACGUCAUUCAGGGCAAUUACUCGUUCGUCGAUCUGACAUACCCCGGUGGCAGGACGUUGGAAGCGGUUGAGGGCUUUACAGUGACGUUUGCUGAGGAUGGGGAUAUCUUUACGAACGAUGGUUUGACGGAGUCUGCGAAGAUGAGGGCAUCGCAGGCAACGCUGGAUCUGAGUGGGCAUGGAUAUGUCCCGGCUUCGAAUGGUGGGAUCUAUAGGAUCGACAAUGUGCUGGCCUUCUUUGAGACGUACUUUGGCAUUGACAAGAAGACUGAUGCUCUGCCACCGAAGAGGACACGCUCUGGCACUAUGGCCGAUGUGCUGAAAGAGAACCCAAAUCUUUCGACCUUGAGGAAGACGUUGGAAGAAGACGAACCUGAGUUGGUGGAACGGUUGUCGCUGUUUGAGGAGAAAGAAGGGGACAACAGAAGGACUGUGUAUCUGGCACCUAGCAACGCUGCAUUCGAAGUGCUGCCUGGAGGGGCGGACGAGAAGGCGACACAGCAGAGCAAUGACGAGGCGACAUCGUACUUGCUGUCAUUCGGGCUGGGAACAUAUGAAGAUGGCUCGAAGGUUGUCCAGUCGGAUUCGGGCUUCAACAUCACCGUCGAUGGAGGAAUGGCAAAUAAUGCUAAAGUGCAGGACCGAGUGUGUACGGACAAUGGCUGUGUGUGGAUCAUGGGAAGGUGGUUGGAUCCGUUCUAUGGAGUCUUCGACCACUGA